AUUUUUGUUAUCCCCCUCCUCCUCCUCAUCAUCAUUAUCCUCGUCACAACUAGGAUUAUGGUCUGUUUCGUUCCAGGAUGAAGUUGCUUUUCCUCGGGGCAAUUGUUGCCGGGGUCCUCGGGUUCUCCCACGCCCGCAGCGAUGAUGACGCGCGUGUGGUGGCAGCCUACACCACCAGGACCGCCGUCAUCCUCACCACCCUCACCACAACAGUGCCGCUUACUUGCGCCAACUACUUUGGCACAAACGUGUGUCAGAAGCGCAGGUACCGCCGCUUCACCAACAUCGAGAAGGACCUAACUACUGGGGAUGAUUUCGACCCGCUCCUGGGGGGUUCCCAGAACGCCGUCCCCGACAGUCUGGAUGACCAGGAGGACGCCCGCCUCAAGCGCGAGAUCGCCGACGCCUCCCGAGACCCCCGCAUCGCCCUCACCGUCUGGUCGACCACCUCCUCCACCUUCACGUACACCUCCGAGAGCACCAACGCCUCCACCACCUUCUCCCUCUCGUACUACUGCACGGCCGUCGGCGCCAGCUUCCCCCCCUCCUGCAACGGCUAAGAGCUGCCCCUGCACGCAACUGCCCUUGGCGCGAGAGCCUCCGCCGCCGCCGCCGCCGCCUGCCCACUCUUCCUUGCCUGUCUCUCCCUUCGUCUCUCCGCUCUCGUCUCUCCUCUCCGUUCCUGUUUUCUUUUAUUUUCCUUUUCUCUCUCGCGCGGCGAUUCCUGGCGCGACACGCUCCUUUUGAGUGUGUGUCUCUCUGUCUGAUUAUUUAUGUCCUCUCGGCAUCGCCCUUUCUGUUGUUUUGUUGUUAUUGUUGUAAUAAGUUAUGUAACGCUAUUUAAAUUAUGUAUAUAGGGGUCAAAUAUGUAAAUAUACACUAUUUUACUUUU